GUGUGUGUGUGUGCACAACUUCACAGUGUGGAGAAUACAGUACUCUCAGAAUGACUGAUCCCAUGCUUGCCCAGAUGACCAGACUCAAACUCAGGCUGCUGGAGAAGAGACUGGAGAACGAGAGGGACAACAAGGACAGCAGAGCAGAAUCUGCCCUAUCCACCAGGAGUUUUGAUGGACAGACGGAUGCGUUGCACAGUGUGCUUAGACGAAAAAAGGACCUGUUGCAAAGACUGAGGGAGCAGCACAUGUUGGAGGACCUGAGCAGACCUUACACCUGGGGUGGGACAGGGAGACGGUACCGCCCAGACCUCCUCCCUCCUCCUGUCCCACUGCCUCCUACUCCGGCCCCCAUCCAUAUCUACCAGCCUGCCCUUGCACCCCCCGCUCCACCCCCGCCACAGCCCCCGCGCAUCAUCCAGCAAAUGUUGCCCCAGCAGCCUACUACCUUCAUACAGCAGUUACCACAGCAACAGCCCCUCAUACAACAGAUACCCCCUCCUCAGCCUUACCCUGCACCAAGGUCUGGGAGCAUCAAAGAAGACAUGGUGGAGCUGAUGUUGAUGCAGAAUGCUCAGAUGCAUCAGAUCAUAAUGCACAACAUGAUGCUGAAAGCAAUACCUCCCACGGCCCUGUCACCACCUUACCCAGGACAGGUCCCGGUCAAACCAAGAGGAAACGCCGUCCACCACCAUCACUACGGCCCCCAGGCCCAACUGCUACCUCCCAUUGGCUAUCCCAUGUGGCCCUCGAUGACGUCAUCGCUACCUGAGGGGCAGGGCGGGCCUCAUAUGCCGUCCGUGCAGCAUGUGACCUGCCCCAUCACGUUGCCCCCACUCAAUAUGUAUUAG